AUGGAGCGCUGGAGGGGCAGAGUCGCGCUGGUAACAGGUGCCAGCGCCGGCAUCGGUGCUGCCAUCUGUCGAGGGUUUGUGCAUCACGGAAUGACGGUGGUUGGAUGCGCCAGGAAUCACAAACGGAUCGAGGAGCUGGCUGCUGAGCUGAAAGACUGCCGCGGCUCCCUGACGGCGAUACACUGUGACCUGACCAAGUCGGAGGAGAUUGAGGCCAUGUUCCGUGCUAUCGUCAAACAGUUCGGCGGCGUUGACGCGUGCAUUAACAACGCCGGUCUCAAUUUUCCUGGCGGUCUCCUCGAUGGCGCCAUUGACAAGUGGCGCACUAUACUGGACGUCAACGUCUUAGCGCUGGCACACUGCGCUCAGCUGGCCAUCAAGAGCAUGAAAGAUCGUGACGCCACAGAGGGACAGGUGAUCAAUAUCUGUAGCAUGGCCGGACACGUCGUGCCUCCACUUGCAAGCAUUCACUUCUACACGGCGACCGAGUUCGCAGUGACGGCGCUGACUGAGAGUCUCCGCCAGGAGCUGGCAGCCGAUGGACCGGCUAAAAUCAUGGUUUCGGUAAGUCGCGAUAUUGUGACGGAAGCGAUCUUCAACCUUGGAACCGGAAUCGAAACACGGCUUUAGCUCUACUCAACUCUAAAGAGGUUCCGGCGCCACCGCCGCUUUGGGAAUGUAUUAGGAAAGUUACAAGACCCUUAAGGCCUCCCACGCACAGACUUGACUUUGAGGCUUGGACCAGUGAGGUACGCCGCAUCGAGUAAUCACAAUAGUUCGCCAUUCGUAUCCGUGCUAAGGGUC